CUCAUGUAUUAUUCAGUGUUUACAUACAGUCUCCGCCCCUCAUGUAUUAUUCAGUGUUUACAUACAGUCUCCGCCCCUCAUGUAUUAUUCAGUGUUUACAUACAGUCUCCGCCCCUACAUGUCAUAUACAGAGAACACGUGGAAAUGUCUGGAAGCUGCCAGAACAGUCAGCAGUGAAUAUAUAAGGGACAGGAGCCGGGACGUCCUGCAGCACCGAGCAGUCAGAGAGAAGACACUGACAACCAGGGACAUUGUCCUCAGCAUAACCCAGAGCAGAAGAGAAAGCAGCAGGAGAUGUUUCCUCUCAGCCUCCUCCAGCCCUCGCACAGUCCUCUGUGUGUCCAGCCUCCCCUCACCCUCUGGCCGGCAGCCUCACACAUCAUCUUCGGGCAGCUGGAAGACGACAUGAGGAAUAUGGGGAACGACCUGGAGAGGAGAAUGCAGCGGGUCAACCAGGCAUAUCAGCUCCUGGACAUGGACAUGAGAAGAAGAGCCGCCCUGAGCCCACGUCCUGAGGGCGAAUCCUCCUCCGUGAGGAAGGAAGGGAAGGAGAACUAUGAGCUCACCCUGGACAUCGGGGGCUUUUCUCCUGAGGAGCUGACGGUGAAGACAGAAGGCAGGAGACUGAUUGUGUCCGGGAAACGUGACAAGAAGAAGGAGGAUGAGCAUGGCGGCUACUUCCAUGAGUACAGAGAGUGGAGGAGAGAAGCCGAGCUCCCGGAGGACGUGAAUCCUGAGGACCUGCUCUGCUCCCUGUCCAAGGAUGGACGCCUCACUGUAGAGGGGCAACAGAACCUCCCAGAGACCCAGAACAGCAAACCUCAUGGAGAACAGAACCCCCUGGAGAUCCAGAACAAUCAACAUAAUGGAGAACAGAACCCCCGGAGAUCAAGAACAGCCAACCUCAUGGAGAAUAGAACCCCCACUGAGAUCGAGAACAACCAACCUUAUGGAGAACAGAAGGAAGAUCCAAGUAACUCUUGAGAAGAUGAUGGGACUAUGACUUAUUUUUGGACUCUAUAACCAAGAAGACAAUAAUAUCCUUCACUUUCCUCACUUAGAAGAUUUCACCUCCUGUUAUACCUAUAAAUGAUAUUGUGUAAUGUGUCUUCAACUUUAAGGAGCAAGAUGACCAAGUCACAUGAUUGUAUAUGUAUUGAUUGUUUUUUUUAUUUAGAUAUUUUUUUGUUUGUAAUUUUUUUACUGUUUAAGUUGAUUGGUUUUUUUAUUUAGAUAUUUUUUUGUUUGUAAUUUUUUUACUGUUUAAGUUUUAUAAAAGUAAAAUUUUCUUUUUAGUUUUUAUUUACUGGAGUUAGUAUCUUAUGUCUAAAUGUUGGCAGAAUAAAGACAUUUUUCAU